GCGCGCCACCAGUGCUACCGGGCCGAGAGCGACGCGCACACGUCGCGACUUCACGCACACACACAAACAAACAAGCAGACAUGACGAGUAGUGCACAGUUCGCGGUUUUGUUCGCCUGCGUGGCAUACGCUAGCGCUGGUAUACUUCUGGAGCACGCACCAGCGUGUCCUGAGCAGUAUGGAGUUCAGGCGUACGCGCACCCCGAGCUCUGCGACCAGUUCUUCCUCUGCACAAACGGGACCCUAACAGUGGAGACCUGUGAGAACGGCCUGCUGUUCGACGGCAAGGGCGCCGUGCACAACCACUGCAACUACCACUGGGCAGUUGACUGCGGCGGCAGGAAGGCUGAUUUGGUACCUCUAUCAUCUCCCGGCUGCGAGUUCCAGUUCGGCAUCUAUCCAGACAGCGACGAGUGUUCCACCAGCUACAUCAAGUGCGCUUACGGCAUCCCCGAGCAGGAACCCUGCACCCCUGGCCUGGUGUACGACGAGCGCAUCCACGGGUGCAACUGGCCCGAUCUACUCCAGCCUUUCUGUAACCCUGAAGCUGUCGUCGGCUUCAAGUGCCCAACUAAAGUGCCAUCGAACACCCAAGCUGCUAAAUUCUGGCCCUUCCCCCGCUUCCCCGUGCCCGGAGACUGCCACAGACUAAUCACCUGCGUAGAGGGUCACCCUCGUCUCAUCAGCUGCGGAGAGGGCAAGGUCUUCGAUGACCAGAACCUCACCUGUGAAGACCCUGAGUUGGUCCCUCACUGCGGACACGCGUGAUCACGUUGCUGAAGCUAGUAUCAUAAGACGAAAAUGAAAUUGAUGAAAUAGAAAACAGAUAGGAUUUUUUUUUUUUGGUCAACCUUGUAGAGUAAUAUUACCUUCGCUGCCUAAAACUACUAUGUUGUGACCAUUUGACACAAGCCCUAGAACUGCUGUUAAUUAGCUUAUUCUACCUGGAACUGUAAUUUAAAAACCAAACAAACGUUUUCGUCUUGUGAUACACUAUUUUUACAUUAAUUUAAUUUCACUGAAUGAUUGGAAUAUAUUUCCACCGAGUCCUAUUUAUUUCUAACACAUAAAAACUCUGUGUGAAUCCUGUUAUUUCCCGUACGCACACUAAAACGAAUAAUUUGCCAAAAACAGUUGAUUCGUGAGUGAUAUUAGUUACCAUAGACAUAUGUAUUGUUAACCAGUAGACAUGACAGAUAUAUGUAAUAUUUUCAUAUAGAUUUUUUUCUGUAAAUAUUGCUGCUGAAAUAGUGGAAAUGUAAAUAGAAAGAUAUGCGAGAAGAGAAAUAUAUUUAAUUAAUUAAA